AUGUUAGACGACGGGGCCACAGGUUCGUUUAUUGAGCAAGAUAUCGCCGCGCAAAUAGGUGCCUGUGGACCCGAGAGACGCAUGAGGACGUGGAGCCCGCAGUCUCAGACCUCUGCGCCGGUUCCGGAGGCAUCCGCGCAGAUUUUAGAGGAAAAAGAAGAUACAAAGGAAGAAAAAGAAGAUAAAAAUAAAAAGAAUAUUAUGUCUCACCUCACUACUGGGAAUCACGCGCGGCUGAUGCCAACUGCAUUAGUGCAAGUAUACGCUGAGAACGGAGAAAAACACUUGAUGAGAGCGCUGUUGGACCCAUGCUCACAAGAGUCUUUUAUAACUGAGGCCGCAACACAAAAGCUUCGUUUACGACGUACCUCAGUCAGUGGGCAUGUCACGGGAGUUGAGAAAAUGAAGACUACGCUCAAGUAUGUAACAGAAAUAGAGUUCUCAUCAAGAAUCGAGCUUAAGAUGAAGAUGAAGGCAACUACUUACGUUGUACGUCACAUCACCGACAUUAUGCCGGAGAAUGAAGUCAAGAUGGAAAACUGGAAGCAUGUCGAGAAGUUGUGCCUCGCAGAUCCAACAUGUCACACUCCAGGUCACAUCGACUUGCUUUUAGGAGUCGAAGUUUGGAGCGAAGUUAUUAAACCUGGAGUGAUCAAUGGCCCCUCAGGAACACCUGUAGCACAAGAUAGUCACCUGGGGUGGAUAGUUUGCGGAAAUGUGAGGACAGAGAACACUGCCACAAAAAACAUCGUCAGCAUGAAUCUUAACGUUGAUCUUAACAACAUGCUGAAGAAGUUCUGGGAGUUAGAAACCAUAGAAGAAGAAAGUACUACACUAACCUCAGACGAAAAGAAGGCAGAAGACAUUUAUGAGAAGACACACAAAAGAAAAGAAGAUGGUCGUUACGUGGUCAGGUUGCCAUUUAGAGAAGAACCACCUGUGCUACCACGUGACUCACGAGAGAUAGCAGUGAAGAGAUGGAUGUCGCUAGAAAGAAGAUUAGAUAAGAAUCCAAAAUUGAAACAAGAUUACAACGACGUCUUACAAGAGUACAUAGAUCUGCAACACAUGACGAAAGUAGAUGAUGAAGAAAGAGCCGAGAAUUGCGUGUACCUACCACAUCAUGCUAUUGAAGUUAAUGACGCAGAUACAAAUUAUCAAAGAAUUGUUUGGAGAAGUGAUGCUCAAAAACCGGUAGAAGACUACAAACUACUUACCGUUACCUUCGGGACCUCUUGCGCUCCCUACCUGGCCAUCAAAACCUUACGUCAAGUUGCGAUAGAUGAGGGUCAAGAGUAUCCUGAAGCGCAGCGUAUAAUACUAGAGGAUUUCUACAUGGAUGACGUCCUGGGGCAUGAAACAGAAGAUGAAGCUAAAAGAAAUCAGAAAGAAAUCACAGCAAUUCUCAAAAAGGGUGGGUUUGAACUUCAAAAGUGGAGUUCAAAUAGUGAAGCAUUCAUGCAAGAGAUUGAACCUGUAAAACGAUCACCAAAGGCCCAAAGAGAAGUAGAUGGAAGAGACAGUAUUAAGACUUUGGGUAUAAUUUGGAACACUAAAGAAGAUAAAUUACAAAUAACGAAUAAUUUGAAAGACUUACCUGAACAACCAGUCACGAAGAGGAAUGUUUUAGCAGAUAUAGCAUCAUUAUUUGAUCCGGUGGGUUGGCUGGCGCCUGCGGUAGUCAUCGCUAAAACAUUCAUGCAAGAAUUAUGGCAGUUAGGUGUUGGUUGGGACGAAGAACUCGCAGAUGACGUGAAGGAAGAGUGGCUGAAGUUUAGAAAAGAAAUUCCUGCAUUGACAGAAGUAAAGAUAAAUCGCUGGAUACAUACCAAUGCAGACAGAAGCUCGAUUGAGGUUCAUGGAUUCGCUGACGCCUCGAUGAGCGCUUACGCAGCAGUAAUAUACGUCCGAGCCAUCGACACAGACGGGCAAGUACAAGUAUCUCUACUCACGGCUAAAACGAAAACAGCGCCUUUGAAGCAAAUAUCCAUGCCAAGAUUGGAGAUGUGCGCUGCGGUUCUGCUGUGUAGACUUCUGAAACAUGUUGUAAGCAUAUUAAAAGUUGAAAAACAUCAAGUAUUUGCCUGGUCAGAUUCACAAGUUGUACUGUCAUGGAUAAAAGGCGACCCAGGUCGAUGCCCAAGUAGCACAGAUUAG